UCUGGGCGGAGUCUCGCAGAGCAGCUCUCAGCCUGGCGGGGUGGUGCUGUUGUGAUCCGGAGCGCUGCAGCAGUCAGAAACGCGGCGGGUUUUCCUCUGUGUAGCAGUUCGCUCUCCUCUGCAAUGACCUGGGAGUUGCUACUAUGGCUGCUGGCCUUGGGCGCGCUGCUGGCGCUCCUGGUGCAGCUAGUGCGUUUGGUGCGGGCUGAUGGAGACCUGACUCUGCUGUGGGCAGAGUGGCAGGGGCGACGCCCAGAGGCAAAGAGGCAGAAGGUUAGAAGGAGUGAAAGAAACUGCAGCACCAAAACUCACGAAUGGGAGCUGACUGAUAUGGUGGUGUGGGUGACUGGAGCAUCCAGUGGAAUCGGUGAGGAGCUGGCUUACCAGCUGUCGAAAUUAGGAGUGUCUCUUGUGCUGUCAGCCAGAAGAGUGGAUGAACUGGAAAGGGUGAAGAGAAGAUGCCUUGAGAAUGGCAAUUUAAAAGGAAAAGAUAUACUUGUUUUGCCUCUUGACCUGACUAACAGAAGUACCCAUGAAGCAGCUACCAAAAUGGCUCUCGAGGAGUUUGGUAAAAUUGACAUUCUGAUCAACAAUGGUGGAAGAUCCCAGCGUUCUUUGUUUGUAGACACCAGCUUAGAUGUCUACAAGGAAAUAAUGGAGCUAAACUACCUGGGAACAGUGUCCUUGACAAAAUGUGUUCUGCCUCACAUGAUAGAGAGGAAGCAAGGAAAGAUCGUUACUGUGAAUAGCAUCAUGGGUAUUGGAUCUGCACCCCUAGCCACUGGAUAUUCUGCCAGCAAACAUGCCCUUCAGGGUUUUUUUAAUGGCCUUCGAACUGAACUUACUGAUUACCCAGGUAUAGUAAUUUCUAACAUUUGCCCAGGACCUGUGCAGUCAAAUAUUGUGAAGAAUGCCUUCACUGAAGACAUCACAAAGAGAAUGGAUGUUAUUGGAGACCAGUCCUACAAGAUGGCAACUAGUCGUUGUGCUCGACUGAUAUUGGUCACCAUGGCCAAUGAUCUAAAAGAAGUUUGGAUUUCAGAUCAACCUUACUUGCUAAUCGCAUAUUUGUGGCAAUAUAUGCCAACCUGGGCCUGGUGGUUAGCUGGAAAAGUUGGAAAGAGAAGGAUUGAGAACUUUAAAAGUGGUUUGGAUGCAGAUUCUUCUUAUAUGAUUGCAUUGAAGAAAAAAUACAAGUGAAUUGUGUUUUCAAGUCACUGAAGAGAAAAAUUUAAAAUAUGGAAGCAUCAGUCUCCUUAUACUUUAUAGAAUAGUUUUGAUUUUACUUUUCAAUAUGAUUUUGCUUACAAUAUGUACUAAAUAAAAAAUAAAA